AGUGCUGUGGGGUUAUCGGACAUACUGCCGUAGUAAAACUCACAUGUCCUCUGUUGAAUGGUGAAUGACUAGACUAGCUCGUAUUUUCCGUAGGAAGGUGACAGGCAUCAAUCCGUGUGUUUUUCCAAGAUUAGAAUUUAAAUUUAAAGAAGUUAGGGUAUUUUCACAGUCUUACCAAACGCGAUAUCUACAGAUUUUGGAUCGGAGAUUUCACCUCUGUGGAUCGCGAGGAAAUGGCUGGCCAGAUCACCGAAACCGACCAGAUAAAACAGUUCAAAGAAUUUCUGGGAACCUACAACAAGCUCACAGAAAAGUGCUUCAUGGACUGUGUAAAAGACUUCACUACCAGAGAAGUGAAACAAGAAGAGAUCGCCUGCUCUGAAAGCUGCCUGCAGAAGUACCUAAAGAUGACUCAGCGGAUAUCCAUGAGGUUCCAGGAGUACCACAUACAGCAGAACGAGGCCCUAGCUGCCAAAGCGGGCCUGCUGGGUCAGCCCCGAUAGAGCCCGGCUGCACCCGGGGGUCACACGUGUCACUGCCGACACGGGCGCGUAGACCAGGCCUGGCCCAGCGCCUGCGGGGAGAGCCAGCCGAGAGCGAUCUCGCAUCAGCCCUGCCGGUGACUGGGGGACUCGUGAGCCCUGAUGGCUUCUGGGUAUCGCACUGUGACACUGAUGAAUCAUGUUGACUCUAGAAUGCAAAAAUCAUAGAUUUGUUUCCUUUUGUGGACUUUUUUUGGGGUUUGUGAAAGUAAAAAAGAAAUCCCAGCUCCUGGCUACUGCAUACAUUUAACUAACGCUUUUUAAUGAAAAAGGUGUUUUUUACAACUUUGCAGUAGAAACUCGUUCUGCAUUUGACUUACAGUAAGUGACGGAGAGAAUGUGGCUCUGAAAGCAUUCCAGCGAGAAAAGAUUUGGUGGGUUGAAAACCAUGUUAAAAAGAUUAGAAGAGCAAGUGCUGCCAUUUUCUCCCAGGCCGCUCUGUUAUGGGGAACUGAAACAUGUUAACUGAACAAAGCAAAUGAUGAAUGGAACCGAGACUCGUAAUUACUGUAACAGUCUGAAAAUAUCUCGUGUGUAGCUCAAAUGGAAGAGUAAUGUGCAAGAUAAAAGUUAGCGUCGGGUGCUUUAUUUCUAAUAAAAAUAAAAUUCCAGAAUGAGAAAA